AAGCAGUACAUGAUCUGAAGAAGAACUCUGCAGCAGAAGGUUACUGGACUGGACAGGAUAUAUUCACCUAUCAUGCCAACAACAAAGACAUUUCUCUUGCCACUGGCUCUUCUUGUGGCCUGCAUUUCUUACGGUGAAACUGUCCAGUGCUACUUUUGCACAAUUGAAACAGUACAGUCAUUAUGCUACAUUACAUCUGCACCAGUCAAUUGUACUGCGAAUGAAAAAUGCUUCACUGCAAAAUCCUUUUCAUUUUUAACUAUAAGAAAGGGUUGUUUAACUGAAAGCAAGUGCAAUAUGACUGCAGUUGAAUCUACAGUGGACGUGAAAUACGAAUGCUGCAAUGGAGAUCUCUGUAAUGGAGUCAAUGGAAUUAAAUUAUCAGUCAUGUCCGGUUGGACAAUGGUGGUCCUCUGGGCAGUCACUCAUCUGUGAAACACUGCACUAGAAAAUUAUACAUAUUACAUGUGCAACUUAGUUAUGUGUCAACCUAACAAAAUGUCUUAAUAUACAAGCUUAUUUGCAAUCAUUAUUUUUUGUGGUUUUGGUAUUAUAUAAUUUUGGAGUUAUGAUGGCACUUUACACAUAAAAAUAUAUAAGUUGUGAAAGAGAUGGCUCAUGCUUUGAAUGCAAUAUAAUGUUCAUAGGUUGUUACUAGGCUAAUGACUGCUAGGGCCCUUACAAGCCUAGAUGUGCACCAUAAACCAUUUGGGUCUCCAAGUAUAGUUUACAGAUUUCAUUCUCUCUCUGUUUUUUUUUUUAAUACUUGCUGCAAACAUGCAAAAAUGUUCAAAAUACCAGUCCAAGGAAGAGUGCGGCUGAAUCUAUUAAGUAUGUUUAUAAAAAAAACAAAAGAAAUCAAUCUUUUAGGAAAAUAAAAUAGUUGGGGGGAACGACAAAAGCUAAAGUAGAGUAAAGGAUUAUACAUGGAAACCCGGUUUUAUUACACACUAUGGGUGUGAUACAUUCAAAAAGAAAAAAGCAAAAUAUCUCAUAAAAUGGCAAACACAUUUUAAUAAAAUAUCACUCAUUGUCAGUUUACAGAAUGACAAAAAUUGUACUCCUCAUAUAAAAUUUAUUCUAAAUAGGAAAAUGAAAACAUCAGUCAAAACAUAUAUCAGUAACUUGAAUGUUCAUUUUACCUAAUUUACUAUAGCAAACUAUUAUAAAAGUGAUGCGUGUGUGUAGUAUAACAAACGAUAAAUAAAGUUAUUUUAAUAUAGUGCAGUUUGGUUUUCAUUAUUUAUAAUUAUACUUUCCAGUAAAACUAAAAAUAUAAUUGUUAUCAUUGCUUUAUAAGGGAAGUGACUGUAAAACAAGGAUUGAGCUGACAGUGUACUUGAAGAGCUCUCAAUGAUCUACAAGCAUUACACUAUUGUGAUUGCUGAUCCUUUACUACAUUACAUUCAACCUUUCUGUGCUUCUUUUCCUGUGUGCCCCUCCACACAGUUUGCCUCUCUCAUCCUCACCCCUACUUUGAUCUAUAUAUAGUUUGUGCCUUGUAUGCCUUUUAUGAUUUUAUAUCUUUUGCACUGGAAGUACUUGCAUUGCCUACUUCCGCCCUUAAAACAUACUUGCAGCAUACAGCUUAUAAGAUGAGCUUCUUUCACCAAUUAUUAAUGGUCUAGUAAUAUGGCCAUAAAAGUUAUACUGGUUGGUCUGUUCAAAGUUGUGCAAAUGCUAUAUGUGUUAGUGUUAUUGUAGUUAAUAUAACUUCUUUGACUAAAACAGGACAUUCCCCUGUGUAACAUUUGGGAUCUAAUGCAUAUACUAUGUGAUAGCUAUAUGCUAUGCACUUGUUAAAUUAAUAUUUCUCUGCUUUGUGUCUAAAUGGAUAAAAUGAGUCUUCAGAUUAGUCACUUUUAUGCAGCUAAUACAGAAGCAAAUAAAAUAAACUCCACAGUCCCUAAUUUAUGCAGUAACAAGUUAUCAGUAUAAGAUUUGUAUUUCUUUCUGAAAAAAAAGCUAGGGGAACUCCAAAUUCUGAUAGCCUGAACAAAACAGUAGCAGCUCAAAGCCAUUAUCAAAUGUAAACAUUGGUUAACAGCACUACUGCAAUCAUAUUUUGUUCCUUGCAUUUGGACUGAAGAAAAUUAAACUAUGUGGGUUCUCAAACACACUAUCUUAACUACUAUAGCAGUAAAAUCAGAGUUGAAGAGGUUUCAUUCUUAAUAACCUAACUUACUUACCCCAUUCUGCACAAUAUCAACAUCAUUUGUUUCCAGGUUUUGCCAUUCACCAUUAAAAAAACAAAAGAAAUCAAUCUUUUAGGAAAAUAAAAUAGUUGGAGGGAAUGACAAAAGCUAAAGCAGAGGAAAAGGAUUAUACAUGGAAACCCGAUUUUAUUACACACUAUGGGUGUGAUGCAUUCAAAAAGAAAAAAGCAAAAUAUCUCAUAAAAUGGCAAACACAUUUUAAUAAAAUAUCACUCAUUGUCAGGCUACAGAAUGACAAAAUUGUACUCCUCAUAUAAAAUGUAUUCUAAAUACGAAAAUGAAAACAUCAGUCAAUACAUAUAUCAAUAAAAUCCAAUUAUCGUUUUGUAAUGUUUUUAGCUAUAUAUUGAUUAAUGGAGAAUUUCAGGUUAAGACUACUCCCUGAACUACAAUCUGUUUGUAGUACGAUUUAGUUUCUAUUGUUAAACAUUUCUGAAUAAUUGCCUCUAAAGGUAUUGUUUGUGACCACUGGCAAAACCUUAGACGCAGGUUAUAUGAUCAGCUACUGCAUUUUUCAUAUUCUUAUUCUUAAUAUUAGUAGGAUAAUUGAUUAGACAUCUAGAAAUUUAUUUUAUGUUCUUCAUAUGCAGAAUCAAUUACAAGUACAAACUGCCACAUCAACCACCUUUAAUAGCCCACAUUUACAUAUAUCCUUCGUUCUGCACAUAAUUCAACUGAGUGAUAAAUUUGUCAUUUAAUUUAAUAAAUGAUCAAAUCCUACAAUAAUUACACUUAAAAUACAUUUAUUAGUAGUGCUCCUUUAAAACUAUUAUCAUCUCUUAUUGUAGGUAGCGUUGUUG